AUGAGCAAAUCAAGAACAGGAACAACAACCAAAAAGACAACAGAGGGAGUCCCUGAUGCAUACUACAACGACCUCGUCGCAACCUUCCAACUCCAUAGCGCCAAGGAAACAGACACACUUUCGCUCCACAGCCUGCAGCGAGCCAUGCGCACCCUCGGAUUCGACGCCUCCAUCGACGACCUUCUCGAGAUUGUCGCUAAUACCCCUACUCUCAGCAUGCACAAGGGGAAGAAAAACAGGGAAAAGGCGAGGAGAUCCAAGGGCAAAGGGACAUCAACAGGAACAUCGAGUCGGGCAAGAAAGAGUUCGUCAGGACGGACGGGACAGAAGUCCAAAUAUGUCGAUUCCGAUGACGGCGAGUCGGGUGGCGAUGAUGAUGAGGAGGAAGAAGAUGAUGAAGAUGAAUAUGGCGUUGAUGGGGAAGAGUACUACUUUACUCUGCAGGACUUUAUCUCUCUUAUGGGACCCAGCGAGGAGGAACAUGCGCAGGAUGAGAUAUCGCGAGUGUUCCAGCUGUUCGAUACACAGGGCAAGGGAAGUAUCCGAGUGGAGGAUUUACGGCGGAUUGCAUCAGAGCUGGGGAUACUGAUGAAGGAGCAGGAGUUGCAGGAGAUGAUUGAGGAAGGCGACCGGGAUGGCGAUGGAGGGGUGACUGAGCAAGAGUUCUCACGGAUUAUGAAGAAAGUUGGUUUUUAG